UCCCCUGACGCUGGUUUUCGCUUUCCGGCCUUAAGUUCUUUUACCUGCCAGAGCACUGCAGGUAACUAGCGCCCGCUGCCGACGCAACGCCUACGGGGACUCCCUAGUGUCUCCGCCCCCAGGACCAUCCCGGAACCACUCACUCACCUCCCACCCCAUCCCCCGGCCAGCCCUCCCAUCCUCCAGCGGCCAGGGUCUCAGCCCUUAGCCCAGCGAUGUCCGAUGACCGGUCACCUCGGCACGCGCAGAGCUGGAGUACCCAGGGGUUGGGAGCAGCACUGAGGGGCGGGGACCUUAGCCGGACUGGCUGCCCGGGAGGGGGGGCGGGGACGGAGGCCCCCUCCCGGCAGCGCUGGGACUAUAGCAGCUAGAGGCCCGGAGGGGAGGGGAAAGUGACCAUGAGUCUGAGUGACAGGCUGAGAGGAGAGGAGCCAAUAUAUAUAAGAAAGGCUCCUGAGAGCGCAGGUUUCAGUAGCGGCGCUGCGCGCAGGCCGGGGACACGAGGCCAAGAGCCGCAGCCCGAGCCGCCUCGGUGCACUGUACCCGGGCAGUAGCCCGCUUGCAGCCCCUGGAUUAGCUCGAGGACACGUCUUCCACGCGGACGCCGCCCGGCCGCCCUCACCUGGAUUACCUACCACGGUAGCUGCAGCGGAGCUAGCGAAAAGGCCAGUGGGGAGCAGUGUCCCGCUAGGAGCUCGGCUUUUCAGGGACUGCGCCGGCGGGCGGACGCGCGGGAAAACAGCGUCUAGAAGAGAACCAGAUUCAGGGCCGGCGGGUGGAGAGAGCGACGCCCCAAGGGGGAUGGCGGCCGCGUCCCGGAGCGCCUCUGGCUGGGCGCUACUGCUGCUGGUGGCACUUUGGCAGCAGAGAGCGGCCGGCUCCGGCGUCUUCCAGCUGCAGCUGCAGGAGUUCGCCAACGAGCGCGGCGUACUGGCCAGUGGGCGGCCGUGCGAGCCCGGCUGCCGGACUUUCUUCCGCGUCUGCCUUAAGCACUUCCAGGCGGUCGUCUCGCCCGGGCCCUGCACCUUCGGCAGCGUCUCCACGCCGGUAUUGGGCAUCAACUCCUUCGCGGUCCGGGAGGACAGCAGCGGCGGGGGCCGCAACCCUCUCCAACUGCCCUUCAACUUCACCUGGCCGGGUACCUUCUCACUCAUCAUCGAAGCUUGGCACGCUCCAGGGGACGACCUGAGGCCAGAGGCCUUGCCACCAGACGCACUCAUCAGCAAGAUCGCCAUCCAGGGCUCCCUAGCUGUGGGUCAGAACUGGUUACCGGAUGAGCAAAACAGCACCCUCACGAAGCUGCGUUAUUCUUACCGGGUCAUCUGCAGUGACAACUACUAUGGAGACAGCUGCUCACGCUUGUGCAAGAAGCGCAAUGACCUCUUUGGCCACUACGUGUGCCAGCCAGAUGGCAACCUGUCCUGCCUGCCUGGUUGGACUGGGGAAUACUGCCAACAGCCUAUCUGUCUUUCUGGCUGUCACGAACAGAAUGGCUACUGCAGCAAGCCAGCAGAGUGCCUCUGCCGCCCAGGCUGGCAGGGCCGCCUGUGCAACAAAUGCAUCCCCCACAAUGGCUGUCGCCACGGCACCUGCAGCAGCCCCUGGCAGUGUACUUGUGAUGAGGGCUGGGGAGGCCUGUUCUGUGAUCAAGAUCUCAACUACUGCACCCACCACUCCCCAUGCAAGAAUGGGGCAACGUGUUCCAACAGUGGGCAGCGAAGCUACACCUGCACCUGUCGCCCAGGUUACACUGGCGUGGACUGUGAGCUGGAGCUCAGCGAGUGUGACAGCAACCCUUGUCGCAAUGGGGGCAGCUGUAAGGAUCAGGAGGAUGGGUACCACUGCCUGUGUCCCCCAGGCUACUACGGCCUGCAUUGUGAACAUAGUACCUUGAGCUGCGCUGACUCCCCCUGCUUCAAUGGGGGCUCCUGCCGGGAGCGCAACCAGGGGGCCAGCUAUGCCUGCGAAUGCCCCCCCAACUUCACUGGCUCCAACUGUGAGAAGAAAGUGGACAGGUGUACCAGCAACCCAUGUGCGAAUGGUGGCCAAUGCCUGAACCGAGGUCCAACGCGUAUGUGCCGCUGCCGUCCUGGAUUCACAGGCGCCCACUGUGAACGUCAUGUCAGCGACUGUGCCCGCAGCCCUUGUGCCCACGGCGGCACUUGCCAUGACUUGGAGAACGGACUCAUGUGCACCUGCCCUGCCGGCUUCUCUGGCCGGCGCUGCGAGGUGCGGACACCCAGCGAUGCCUGCGCCUCGGGGCCCUGCUUCAACGGGGCCACCUGUUAUACUGGCCUCUCCCCGGACAACUUUGUCUGCAACUGCCCCUACGGCUUUGUGGGCAGCCGCUGCGAGUUCCCCGUGGGCUUGCCGCCCAGCUUCCCCUGGGUGGCUGUCUCCCUGGGUGUGGGGCUGGUGGUGCUGCUGGUGCUGUUGGGCAUGGUGGUGGUGGCUGUGCGGCAGCUGCGACUUCGGCGGCCGGACGACGGCAGCAGGGAGGCCAUGAACAACUUGUCGGACUUCCAGAAGGACAACCUGAUCCCUGCCGCCCAGCUGAAGAACACAAACCAGAAGAAGGAGCUGGAAGUGGACUGUGGCUUGGACAAGUCCAACUGUGGCAAACAGCAAAACCACACAUUGGACUAUAAUCUGGCCCCAGGACCCCUGGGGCGGGGGACCAUGCCAGGGAAGUUUCCCCACAGUGACAAGAGCUUAGGAGAGAAGGCGCCACUGCGGUUACACAGUGAAAAGCCGGAGUGUCGGAUAUCAGCGAUAUGCUCCCCCAGGGACUCCAUGUACCAGUCUGUGUGUUUGAUAUCAGAGGAGAGGAACGAGUGUGUCAUUGCCACGGAGGUAUAAGGCAGGAGCCUACCCAGCACAUCCUGGCUUGGGCCCAGCAGCUGGACCUUCCUUCUGCAUUGUUUACAUUGCAUCCUGGAUGGGACGUCUUUAAUAUGCAACGUGCUGCUCUCAGGAGGAGGAGGGAAUGGCAUGAACUGGACAGACUGUGAACUUGCCAAGGGAUGCAACACCCUUCCACACCUUUGGGUGUCUGUCUGGCAUCAGAUUGGCAGCUGCACCAGCCAGGGAACGGAGGAAAGGAGAGAUACCACUGGGACCUGCCCUGUCAGCAGUGGCUCCAGAGGGCUCCUUCUGGGGCUCUGGCCUGUUUUCCAGAGAGAGUGGCAGUGGCCUCAUGGGGUCUGGAGCUGCUGUGGCCUCCACUGGCAUCUGUGUUUCCAAAAGUGCCUUUGGCCCAGGCUCCAUGGCGACAGCUGGGCCCAAAUCAGAAAGGAGAGAAGGGGCCAGUGAGGGCAGGGCCUCCUGUAGGCUGGAAAACCACUGGGUGCGGCAAUGGCAGGGGCUGCCCUGCAGAUGAGGUGAGUGCUCAAAGGGAGAGGAGGAUUUCUGCCCCGUGCCUCAACUACUGCGCGUAGGCCUGGCUCAGAACGCCACCACCCUCUCUCCCCAGCCUAGGCCUUCUGGGCAAGAAUGCUGGUCAGCCUUACCCAGCUCCCACCACCCUCUGGCCCUGGGUGCCUUGGGGCUUCUGUGAGCAGAUAGGCAAGAGCCUGCCCCUUCUGCCAGGCAGGGGCACCAGGCCUAAUUGGGGAGCUCAGGGCAGUUAUGUCGGAAAUUCCAAAGAGGGAGAAAUUGGGUGUUGCUGCCACCUGGGCCCAUUCCUCCCUCAAAAACCCACUUCUACGACCUCGAGUCUGGGCUCUGCUCACACCCACUACUGCCCCAAGACCACCCUCAAAGCUGAUCUUCAGAAAUCAAUAAUAUGAGUUUUUAUUUUGUUUGUUUUUUUGUAGUUUAUUUUGGAGUCUAGUAUUUUGAUAAUUUAAGAAUCAGAAGCACUGACCUUUCUACAUUUUAUAACAUUGUUUUGUAUAUAAUGUGUAUUUAUAAUAUGGAACAGAUGUGUACAGGA